AUGGGAUCCCGAACUCUCCCGCCGCCGCAACCACCGCCGCAACUGCCGCCCCGCGGCCAACCCCGGGACCCCCACGACCCCCAGGACUCAGACCAACCACCACUGCAGUUACGAGACCUGGAUGACCAGCACGACCAGGAUGUCCCUCCGCCCAGCUACGAGGAUGCCGUCGAGGACGUCGCCGGACCCGCCCGGACUCCGAGCGUGUCUAAGCCAUCGCCGUCCGCGCCUGCUGCUUCAGCUACCGCUCCGGCCGCUUCCGCUUCGGGGCCGCUACCACCGCCGUCACCGUCGUUGCUGGACCAAAAGAGGGCUCCCUCGAAUUCCCCGUACUCGAACCCGCCGCCGUCCUCCCACCUGGGCCCGGACCCACGUUCGUCGUCGUCGCAAUCCCUCAUCACGCGUCCCGAGGCCGACACCGACGUCAGCUAUGCCCGCCGUACCCUCCUCCUCGUCUACAUCCAUGGCUUCUACGGCAACGCCCAGUCUUUCCAGUCCUUUCCCUACCACGUCCACUCGUACCUGAGGACUACGCUCAAGUACUCGCACACCCUCCAUUCCAAGAUCUACCCUCGCUACAAGACCUAUCGCGCCAUAGAGGUCGCCCGCGACAACUUCAGCCAGUGGCUCGAGCCCCACGAGUCCCCCACCACCGACGUCAUUCUCGUAGGCCACUCUAUGGGUGGCCUCCUCGCCGCCGAUGUCGUCCUCAUGCCCGACGAUGCCGCUUCGGGUGAAGCUGCUAACCCUUUCAAGCACCGCAUCCUCGGCACCAUCUCCCUCGAUUCGCCCUUCUUAGGCCUUCACCCGGGCAUCAUCGUGUCGGGUAUAGCUAGCCUCUUUGAUUCGGGCGAGCAGGGGCCGCAGGAUCGAGAGCAGGAACCCGGAAAGGGCAGUGUCUCCCGCCAUCAGACUGCGUUCGAUCCUCACUAUGACCCGCCCUUCUUCAACGAUACGCCCUUUAUGGAAAAUCCCUUCAUCAAGCGCAUCACCCACUUCACUGCCAAGCAUGUGGAUGAGGGCCUAGUAACCGCCAGCGCCAAGCAUGUCCUCUCCCACUUUGAGUACGGCUCCUGUCUAGCUGAUUACCCAGCUCUCAAGGCGCGUUACGCCAGGAUACGCGGUCUCGAGGAUGUCGACGAGCUCCACGCCCUUGCUCGUGGUGGUCAGGGCGGAGAGGUGUACGGCGAGAAAGCAUAUGGCGGGGGAAAGCAGCAGCAGCAGCAGCAGCCCCCCGUCGCCACGCAUUCUCGGGUCCGCUUUGUCAACUACUACACCUUGUCCUCCGGGCGUAAGAAGCCUGGCAAUCAGCACCAGAAGCCCGAAUCCCCUAUGUCCGGCGACAGCCGGAGCCAUCCGCCGUCGAGCACAGCAACGACAAGCACAACAGAUGUCACCUCUCUGGCAAGCCGCGUUACAUCCGUGGACACUGGCGCGUCCAUGAUGACGACGUCGACAGCCUCAGCCUCCAGCCUAAGCAUGUCUCCGUCUCCGGGUGACCAGAGCGGUGGCAGAUUAGAGGGCGGGGUCCCUCUAUACCGAACCAGCUCCGCAGAGACAGAGACGCCGGAUGAAGAUGUGGAGAACAUGACGCUGCGUGAUGUCGAGCCCAUAGAAAUACCAGAGGACGAGUUAGAGGUGGCCAGACCGGUCGAUAGCGUGCAAUCCUUGCCUCCGCUGCCAGAGCCCCCGGCUGCUCCGCCCAGCAUGCCCAACCUGGAUCAGUUCGGCGACAAGACGACCCGCAAGCAGGUGGAGAAGGAGCACAAGCGUGCCCAAAAGGCGUAUGGCGACGCCAUCAAGGCCCACGAGAAGGCUCUCAACGAGCGGCGCAAGCUCGUCGAGAAGCGAGAGAAGGCGGCGCGCAAAGAGGCCAGAGAGAUGCAGACGCGGGGAGACGGGGCUACCGCGAGUACUACGAACACUAGCCAGGGAAUUGCGGGGAAGAAGGAGAAGGAGAAGAGAAAGAGAGAGAGGGAGGCCUACAAGAAAGAAGAGAAGGAGCUGAGAAGGGCCGAGAAGGAGCUGAAGAGGCACGAGAAGGAGACGAAGAAGGAAGAGAGGAAGGAGAACGAGGCGAGGGAACACGGCGGGAAGAAGAGGAAGUUCUGCGUGCUCCCGAAGCGCAGAGACGGCAGCGUCGACGAGACGUGGGUGGACGUGUACAUGGAGGACGUCGACGAGGUGGGCGCCCACUGCGGGCUCUUCUUCCCGGGGCCGCACUACGACAGGCUGGUGGGUGAUGUGGCUAGUCGGAUCGUCGACUGGGUCGAGGAUGAUCAGACCAGGAGGACUAUUCUGGCUUUGUCGGGGUAG